GCGCCAGCGUUACAACUGUAUCAGAACCGUCUCCAAGAUGGCCACCUCCCCUCACCGGGGCUGCUGCCAGGAUCCAAGAUGUCUUCCUCCACGUCUUCGACGUAGGCUUGCCCAUCCGCCCUUAGGCGGUGUCUGCCCUCAUCAAAGAUGGUGGUCGGAAGCAUCCUGGGGUAUUAGUCUCCCACCCUUCGCUCACGCUUUGGUGGCUGAGAUGGCGGCGGCUGAGCUGGAGUAUGAGUCCGUUCUCUGCGUGAAGACUGAUGUCAACGUCUACCGCAUCCCGCCGCGCACUUCCAACCGCGGGUACAGGGCAUCUGACUGGAAAUUGGACCAUCCAGACUGGACAGGGCGGCUUCGGGUCACCUCGAAAGGCAAAACUGCAUACAUUAAACUGGAGGAUAAAGUUUCAGGAGAGCUCUUUGCCCAGGCUCCUAUAGACCAGUACCCUGGCAUUGCAGUAGAGACUGUGACGGAUUCCAGCCGCUAUUUUGUUAUCCGCAUUCAGGAUGGGACCGGACGAAGUGCUUUUAUAGGCAUUGGCUUCACGGAUCGUGGUGAUGCCUUUGACUUCAACGUCUCUUUGCAGGAUCACUUCAAGUGGGUAAAGCAGGAGACUGAGAUCUCCAAGGAGUCCCAGGAAGCUGACACACGUCCUAAAUUAGACUUAGGGUUUAAGGAAGGGCAAACCAUCAAACUGAACAUUGGGAAUAUGAUGACAAAGAAAGGAGGAGCAGCCAAGCCCCGUGCAUCUGGAUCAGGUGGCCUAAGCCUGCUGCCACCCCCACCAGGAGGCAAAGUUGUAGUCCCUCCUAUACCUCCCCCUUCUUCCACAGCCAUUGCCAACCAUGUCACACCACCACCAGUGCUGAAAUCCAGUAACAUGAGCAAUGCAGAUAUUCUAUUAGACUUGGAGGCUCCUGCCUCUGCAUCAAAGGCACCAGCAGCAGCUCCCACAGACCUCUGGGGAGACUUCAGCACUGCAUCCAGUGCUGUUCCAAAUCAGGCUCCUCAGCAGUCCAACUGGGUCCAGUUCUGAACGGUGACCGCGGUGGAAUGGGACAAAGUGAUUAGCGAGACGCUCUAGAGGCAAUCAAAUGGGGCACAAACCUCUCUAGUCUUCAAUCAAAACCAAACUGGGACAAUCCUUCCUCCUUCAACCAGAUCUUCACUUCAGUUAAAAGUUGUUAUUUAUGACCCCACAGUGAAACCACGGAACCUAAAGAGAACAUAGUGACUCCUCACAAGAUGGGCAAGGAGGAGAGAGGUAGCCUCAUCUCUUCUACCCACUUGGUUGCUACAUGGUACACCCUAGCUGUUUUUCUGAGUCUUUCCAUACAGGGGAAGCAGGAAUCCUGAAGCAGGUGUGUACAGGAGGAAGCUGCUCAGCUGCUUCUGGGUCCCUUGUCCUUUACAUUCUCUGCUCUUUGCGGCUGCCUUCAAUGGCGACUCCAAUCUCUGCGGCUCGCCUGCAGGACUGAGGAGAGCUGCUUUUGGCUGCAGCUUGUAAACAGGAGCUGUAAUGAGACAGGUCUUGUCUUGUACAAAACCCUCUGAUGAAUUAUGUCUCUGGUGAGGAGGGAACCUCCCCAUGCAUGCACUACUCUCCUUCUCUUUGGUUCAACUCCUGAUAGCGCUGGAGGUUCCUGUGCGUUGUGGAAGGAGUUAUGCAACUGCUAGAGUUAGACCUGCUGCCAUUUUGCUGCAGCUGGGGACCCCAUCACGAGGCUUCUUGUUUGGCUUGUAGGUUCAUUGGAGGAGCUCCUCUAUUUGCACUCCUUGCUCCCUCCCACCCAACACCAAGUCCUCAUUGUUGUUGUUUUAACUGGAAAUAGUUUUACCAAAAGGCAAGUGUGCUGCUGCAUUGUGCUAGGUAAGGCACUGGAUGACAGCCAGGUAGUCCCACCCCUCAACACUUCAUCUUCCUCUGUCACUACCCUGAGCCCUGUACUGUGACUUGGCACUGUUGCAAAUAUUGCAUGGCCAUGCCACAGUAAGGACUGUGGUGGGACAGUGAAUCACUCUCUGGUGAAGGAGCAGUCUCCUGCCUCUUUCCAGCUCACACUUAGCAUUUGGGCAGGAAAUGUACAGUAGGGCCCAACCUUCAACUAUGGCAGCAGCACUCUCCCACCUGUGUCACUUCUUGAGGCUUUUCUCCUGAGGCACAGAAAGCACCACAGGGAUGUGACCUGGCUGCUUUAACUUGGAUUUUUUUUUUCUUGCCUUUUUUAAUGCACUUCAAACCCACUCUCUUCCCCCUGUGGUUUAGGGGGUUAGAAAGGUGUGAAAGUCCCUUGCUCUCUGCCCCUCUCUUUGGGAGAGUUCCUAACACCCUUUAAUCUGGACACUAGCAUCUUCAGCAAUUGUGGAUGGCAUCUGGGGUGUAAGCCUGCUGAUUGAGCAAAGCUAAUGGGCAGGCUGGAAACCUCACCAUGUUGGCUGCCCUCUGUGAUAGCUGAAAAGAAGAGGAAGCUAGGAAGGUGGUCUCAGUGACUCUUCUAGAGCUGUACCCAGUUAGUAGAACACUAGGCUUCCAGAGCACUGGAAGGUUUCUUUCUGUUUUGAGCACUCAACCAGCAUGUACACUUUGGGGACUGGGACACGCUCUGCUAGCACAGCUGUGCAAGCAGCUUUUUCCCUUUGGGCAAAGACUUCCUGGUGAGGCUUUUCAAAGCUUGCUGUAUGCACCUUGUACUUGCAGAAAGUGCUUCUUUCUACACUGAGGGCAUUUAGAGACAAAGUUUCACUUAGACCAUCCCUGUGGGAAGAAAAAUUCUUGAAACUAGUUCUAAAGCUGCUGCAGUUCCACUUGUGGAAGUGGGGACCAGACUGCUCUUGGAUGUAUUUUUAGGCAUUUUAAUCCCGAUCCCUUGGCUCCCCUGGUGUCUCCCUGCCUUCAGACUCACUUCUGCAGUCUCCUGCCUCCUCUGGAUUUGUGGGUGGCUGUACUCAGCUAGCAAAGUCACAGACUCUGCUGGUUGCCUUUCUGUUUUCUUUCUCUGCUCAGAUCCUUGUGAGGUCCUGUCAUUUCAACUAUGUAUCACUUCCCCAAACUGAGAAAGUUCAUGGCACCAACUAACAACUAAAUAGGAGCCUCUUCUGUAUUGUCUUAGUCUAAUGAAUAUAUUAUGUAUUUGAAGAGCUGAAGAAGCAAAAAUUAAAGCUAUCUGUAUAUAAAGCAUAAGAUGUACUGGUGCAAAUGGUAAUUAAACUAGUAACAUUGGGGAAAA